AUCAUAACCUUCUACCUGACGGCGCCGCCGUCGUGAUGCCAUUUCCGGCGGGGGGGGGUAACAUCCUGGCAGCCUCGUUCUGAUCUUCCUCUUCCUCUUCCUCUCGAACGCCAUCAUGGGUCGUAUGCACGCUCCAGGAAAGGGCUUGUCCCAGUCGGCGCUGCCAUACCGACGCAGUGUUCCCACUUGGCUGAAACUGACAUCUGACGAUGUGAAAGAACAGAUCUUCAAGCUGGCAAAGAAGGGCCUGACUCCCUCUCAGAUUGGUGUCAUCCUGAGGGACUCCCACGGUGUGGCUCAGGUGCGCUUUGUCACAGGCAACAAAAUCCUCAGGAUCCUUAAGUCCAAGGGUCUGGCGCCUGACCUGCCUGAGGACCUCUACCACCUGAUCAAGAAGGCUGUUGCCGUGAGGAAGCACUUGGAACGCAACAGAAAGGACAAGGAUGCCAAAUUUCGCCUGAUUCUUGUCGAGAGCAGGAUCCACAGACUGGCUCGUUACUAUAAGACUAAGAGAGUCCUCCCACCCAACUGGAAGUAUGAAUCCUCUACGGCUUCUGCUCUGGUGGCAUAAAUUUCUUUGCUUUUUUUGACCAAUAAAUCUUGUUUGGAUGAAAA